CGUGUUCCUCACAUGUUCUUUUUCUAAUUACCAGCAAGAAAGUUCUGCUUUCGUUGGGCUUGGCUUAUUCAGCAUAUCCCCCCUCCCCAAUGAGUCACACCGAACACGUAAUCCUAACCGCUGCCUGAGUGACAGCGAGCCGGCGCGAAGGCUUCUUGUUGUCCCUUUAAAAUCCGAAUCCAAGGGUAAUGAUUUAUCAAGCUCGUAUUAUCAAGAAAAUGUCAUACGAAGGGCACCUUGCUAUGCACUGACGCAAACCCAGUCUUUCCCACGGAGGUAUAGAAAGCUUUGGUCUUGCCGGAGCAAAACCCAGUCUACCCAUUUUGCCUGUGCUGCUGUUUUUACCUCUGCGGGUUCUAUCUGAUGCUACUUUAGACAUGGAUUACGCCAGUCAAAAGGAGAUGAGCAAACAGCUGGUGAACAGCCCCGAGUCAGCCGCCUCUGGGCCACUGGAAAGCGCCGGGAUGAUAAGGAACAGCCCCGAGACGGAGCACCCGCAGAACCUGCCUUCCCAAGUCCCGUCCCAGCUGGCCGAAGUCGCCACUGCUCUCUCCAGCGACAACAAAACUUUGCCACCCGACGAAGCCAAGGCAAAUGAUUCCGAGAGGACCAAAGUUGGCAUCUGCAAACUCGCCCCCGUGCAAGACUCUAUAGACCCUUUCCCUCUCAAGAACGCCCCCAGCGCAGGGAACACCCUCCAGGCCCACAUUGCCCCUUGCAAAAUCCCCCCGUUGCAAAGCACAGACGGGGAAGCUAAUCAAAGUAUUGGUAAGAGCACACUGGAGCAAAACAAUGCCAAGGGCGCUUGGGUGAACAUGAGCCAGAGCACCGUGGUCUUGGGCACAGAUGGGAUCACGUCUGUUCUCCCUGGCCGUGCGGUCACUGAGCCGGAGGAGGAGGAUGAAGGGGACGAAAAUAAAGCCCGGGGAAACUGGUCUAGCAAGCUGGACUUCAUCCUCUCCAUGGUGGGUUAUGCAGUAGGGCUGGGCAAUGUCUGGAGGUUCCCGUACCUGGCCUUUAAGAAUGGGGGAGGUGCAUUUCUUAUUCCCUAUUUGACAAUGUUGGCUCUGGCUGGGGUCCCCAUCUUCUUCCUGGAGGUUUCUCUGGGGCAGUUUGCUAGUCAGGGACCUGUGUCUGUUUGGAAAGCCAUCCCUGCCUUACAAGGCUGUGGCAUUGCUAUGCUGAUUAUCUCUGUCCUAAUAGCCAUAUAUUAUAAUAUUAUAUUGUGCUACACACUUUUCUACCUUUUUGCAUCCCUUGUACAAGUGUUACCUUGGGCUUCGUGUAACAAUCCAUGGAACACACCGGAUUGUAGAGAUAAAAACAAACUUUUAUUAGAUUCCUGCAUCAUUGGUGACCACCCCAAAUUACAAAUAAAGAACUCUACUUUCUGUAUGAGUGCCUAUCCAAACUUGACAAUGGUAAACUAUACCAGCCAUGUCAACAAAACUUUUGUCAGUGGCAGUGAAGAGUACUUCAAGUACUUUGUAUUGAAGAUUUCUGCAGGAAUCGAAUAUCCUGGUGAAAUCAGGUGGCCUUUGGCACUCUCUCUCUUUCUGGCUUGGGCGAUUGUCUAUGCUUCCCUGGCUAAAGGAAUAAAGACAUCAGGAAAAGUGGUGUACUUCACUGCUACAUUCCCUUAUGUAGUGCUCAUCAUCUUACUCAUCAGAGGAGUAACUCUGCCAGGAGCUGGGAAUGGAAUAUUGUACUUCAUCACACCUAAGUGGGAGAAACUGAUUGAUGCUAUGGUGUGGAAAGAUGCUGCCACUCAAAUAUUUUUCUCUUUGUCUGCUGCAUGGGGUGGCCUGAUUACCUUGUCUUCCUAUAACAAAUUUCAUAACAACCUGUACAGGGACACCUUGAUAGUAACUUGUACCAACAGUGCCACAAGUAUAUUUGCAGGCUUUGUCAUCUUCUCCGUUAUUGGUUUUAUGGCAAAUGAGCUCAAAGUAGACAUUGAAGAUGUUGCCGACCAAGGUCCUGGGAUUGCCUUUGUAGUAUAUCCUGAAGCUUUAACCAGGCUUCCUCUUUCACCUUUCUGGGCUAUAAUUUUCUUCUUGAUGCUUCUAACACUUGGCUUGGACACCAUGUUUGCCACUAUUGAGACGAUAGUGACAUCAGUUUCAGAUGAGUUCCCAAAGUACUUACGUACUCACAAGCCUCUGUUUACUCUUGGAUGCUGUGUCGCCUUUUUCAUCAUGGGCUUUCCUAUGAUCACUCAGGGUGGAAUGUACAUGUUGCAGCUUGUGGACACCUAUGCAGCAUCCUACUCUCUUGUUAUAAUAGCCAUUUUUGAACUUGUUGGCAUUUCAUACAUUUAUGGCUUGCAAAGAUUUUGUGAAGACAUUGAGAUGAUGAUUGGAUUCCAGCCAAGCAAAUUCUGGAGAGUCUGUUGGGCUUUUGUGACCCCGACUAUUUUAACAUUCAUCCUUUGCUUCAGCUUCUACCAGUGGGAACCCAUGACUUAUGGCAGCUACCACUACCCAGGCUGGUCUAUGGUACUCGGAUGGUUGAUGCUAGCUUGUUCUGUUAUCUGGAUUCCCAUUAUGUUUGUGAUAAAAAUGCACAUAGCUCCUGGCAGAUUUAUUGAGAGGCUCAAGUUGGUCUGCUCUCCACAGCCAGAUUGGGGACCAUUUUUGGCUAAACACCGUGGUGAACGAUACCAGAAUAUGAUAGACCCACUGGGAACGUCUUCCCUUGGACUUAAACUGCCACCGAAAGAUUUUGAACUGGAGACCCAGUGCUAGUAAUUCCCCCACUUGUGGCUAUGUUGUACAGCCCAUUCCUUCCUUCUUU